ACAAAUACGCUGCUAUUUGGCUGAAGGUAGCGGGAUCAUCCAUUUUGGCAGCAGAACGGGAAGACAUUUUUCCCUUCCCAAUUCGUUCGGCUGCAGCAAUCGUGAUUCCCGUUUUCCUCACCAGCAAGAACACUAAGCGAAAGAAGAUUAAUCAAGUCCACCAUCGCUAAAACUAGCGGUUCAAUAGAGGAUUUUGCCCUGGUGAAAGUUGGUGUUAUUUGCGUUAGUUUAGUUGGUUCUGAUUAGAAAAAAAAAAUUCAACAUGUUGCAUGCUGAUAACAUUUAGAUGUUUGCUCAUGCCGGAAGCACUAGCAAACGUGAAGGCAAGCUUUUGCUUGGCUCGUUUUGACCAACAUACCGAUAGUGUGGACUCAAAAGAAGGAAUAAUAGUGACACCCAAGUGUAACUGCAAUUAUCUGAAACCAACUUUCUCUCCAAUCAUAACAGAAGUACACAGACCGAGGGAUAAAAAAGCUUAGUCCGGUCAAAUGGAUCAGCAGGCAGGAAGCGGAAGCUGGCAGUUCUGCCCGGAGGAGAACCAUCAGAAGCUGAGGGCGCCCAGAAGUGCAGGCACAGGAACAAAUGCAAACGCAAACGCAAACGUGAAUAUCGGUGCUAGUGGGAGCGCAGGUUUGUCGGCGAACGCGCCCGAAUUCAUUCCGAAGCGGAUCUCAAACCAUCAGCCGCCCCAGCAACAACAAUAUGGCAUGCAUAACUCACACCAUCAGAAUCAGCAGCAUCACCAUAGGUAUCGUGGUGGCGACAAUAACGGCGGGGGAGGAGGAAGUUUAGGCGGUGGCGGUAAUUCGUACGGCAUGGGCUCAAUGUAUCAACAACAACAACAACAUCACCAGCAGCAGCAACAUCAUCAUCACAACAUGGGCAAUAGUGGUAUGAUGAAUGGAACGGAUAUGGCGGGAAAAUCGAAAAUUGCGGGUCGACUCUUAAACCACCAGGUUUCCCAACAACAACAACAACAGCAGCAACAACAACAAAUAGGACAUCACAUGUAUGAUAACAAGGAUAUGCGCAACCCCCCACACUAUAACCAUCAUCCAACCCAACACUUUGCGCAACAUUCUCAACAGCAACGUUUGCAGCAUCACCAACAGCAGACGUCGGCACCACCCCAUCUUUCGAUGCCUCAGAACGCCGCCGGUGGCCACUUUCCAUUCGCGAUGGCCGGCAUGGGUUACUCGUCGACAGCGCUCAACAAUCACCUGCAUCAUCCGAUUCUGGGAGGCAUGGCAGCCGCAGCGGUUGCCGGCGGUGGCGCUGGUGGGCCUGGAAUGAUGCCGCACGAUAAUCGCAACAACAAGAAUAACUCGUCCGUUCGAUCGAGGUUACAGAACGCACAAAACUCCCAAAUGCAUCACCUACAGCAACAGAACCAACUGCCGCAUCAUCUCCAGCAGCAAUCGCAACAUCACCAACAAAUGCCACCGCGCGCGAUGGCUUGUAGCAAUGAUUACGAUGACCAAGAGGGCGAUGAACAGGUUUCUGAAUCGGAAAUGGCCGCAUUGAACUACCUUUUGGACGUUAUAAGCGAACUGUACGACAAUCCCGGCAUGUUCGAGAAUAUCCAGCGAAAGUUGAAGGGCACUUUUGCCGAGUUCCAUGCCAACCAAUUCGUAAUAAGCAAUGCUGUGGAGAUGAUCUGUGAACAGUCUGUCAGAGAGCAGAAUUUUCGCUACAUGGGUGCCCGACUACUCCAACUGUUGGAUAGCCUUGACGAUGGACACGAUAGUGUACUGUGGCGGCUGCUAAGAAUGAAGCUGGAAUACCAGGAGAAUGAACUGCAAGGAUACAUGCAAAACGAGCAGAUAAAGGUGCGGGGCACAACGCUUUUCCUUGCCGAGUUGUACAUGCAGUUGAGGAAACCUCAACACGGCCAGAGAAACAAUGAACUCGCCUUGCGAAUACUGGGUGCAGUAAAAUUUUUGCUGAAUAAAGAAGGCCCAGAGAACAUUAAAUGUGUCUGUCAGUGUUUCAAGCUAUGUGGCUUUGAACUCGAGCGUGAUCGCCAGGCUGACUUGAACGCCAUCCUAGCGACGCUGCGCCAAAUGGAGAACUCGACUGACUGCUCAACUGGCCGCUUCAUCCAUUCUGUGCUCGAAUUACAGCGAAAGUCCUGGGGACGCAACGAGGAAGUUGUCCCAGUGGCCGUUGUGCAACCGUCCUUCGGCGAGGGAACCUCGAACGAGUUCACCGACAGUCCGGUGUUCUACGGUCCCGACGGCCAAGUGAUGACCGAAGAAGAGAAUGAUUUUCUGGAAACGGCUGCACCGGUAGCCUUCGAGGAGUUCGAUGACGACAGUGACCCGGAUGAGUUGGUGGAUGACGACAACCUGGACAUGGAAAUCAAGAUGGCAUUUAAGGACUUUGUAGCGAGUAGCAAAAACACUCGACAACCACCCUACUAGCAGUUGCCGGACAGAGCUGCACUGCCUGCGUUUAUUCCUACACAGCUCUCCAGGUUCAGAGGUGAUUGUUACUUACGGCAAGCAACCGGUGGCCAAAAACGCCUCUAGACAGCGAUCGCAACAGCAGCAGUUUAAAACCUACAUUCAGAUUGAUAGUAAUGAGUAUCCUAUUUUUAAGCUAUAUUAUUGUGAGUCAAAAAGUAACGCAAAAUCGGAUGAGGGAACGAAUUGUGAAACUCGAAACUUCCCAUGACAAGCGGAUGGCGACGAGUGGGACGAGGGUUUGUUAUUGCAGUUAGAACAAGACAGAGCACAAUAUUUUAUCGAAAGCAAGCUGGCUGUGGAAGAAGAAGAAAGGACGAUUUUCACUAAAACCCCCCUCCCUGGAUAACAAACAUACGAUGAUUAGUGCAGGUAACUCUUCCAUAUCCGUUUUACGCUCAUUUCAUUUAUGUUUACAUUCUUACUGAAGAAAGUCUGUGUGAUUUUGUCAUAAAGUGCGCCAGUUUUGAGAUUCUUAUUAUAUAAUAAAAUGAAGAAAUGCUGAAAUUGUAUGCCAUUUGUUCUUCUGCUUCACAUUCGUUCGGUACAAUAGAGCAAAAAAAUACAUUCGACUAAAUUCUCUGAACGAAAGAGAAACCACUAUCUGUUCUAGAUUUUAACAGAUGCAAAGAUCUCGUUAAAAACUAUAUGUUUGUUCGUUUCCAAAUUCCAAAGAUUCCGUUCAAUAAUUUUUGCAUGCAAAAUUGUGGAAUUAUGAUGUUAUAAACUGCAGCCAUACAAAUGUUAAAUGAUUUCGCGUGAUAUUUAAGUAAGUAUAUUGCGGAGCAAUUUAGUUUAUUGCACGUUCCAGCUAUCAGUAAGGCACGGCCAGGAUUUCACUGGCUGGCUGUUGCCAUCCAGUAGAAGAGAAAUUGUGACAAAACACAGGACAGAUAGUGCAGGUAUAUAUAGGAGUAACGACAGACAAAACUGCGUACUUUGCGCAUAAAGUUGGAUAAAAGCGAAC